GAACGUACAGAUAGAUAGUUGUGUGUGUAUUCUUUAAUUCCUGUUGGACAUUUGAAAUGAUUCUCGUCUUUCUUUUUGUGUCCACUGUUCUCUCUUGUUUACCUCUCAUUUGCACUGCUACAGAUGAUGACACUUCUAUGCAUAGCUUCCCAAUUUCAGGAACACUUCUCGAGUACCCUUUUAACAACGCGAGUGAUGCACAACGUGGGUUGAUCCAGGUCGACUGUAGUUUGAAUCAUGAGGAUAUUCAACUUGGACGACACCCUUAUCAGAUUGCCGGAAAGCAUGGGAAUCAUUCUUUCUUCUUGAUUCCUAACAGAAGAUUUGAAGAACUUUUAGAAAAGAAUAGUUCUGAUGCACUUUACUUUAGUUUCACUUCCCCAACUCCUCUUUUAUUUUCCAUUUCAAUACGGUCGUUUAUGACUCUCUUCAAAUGCACAAAGGAUCCCAAGGAUGCUGAACAAAUAGAUGCCUAUUUCAUCAAACAUGGUUAUAAUAGCCACAAAAGUUGCAAAGAUCACAAGUUCUACUAUAAUCAUCAUCUCGUGAGCAAUUCAACAGUUCCAAGUCAUCUCCCACCUACAUGUGAAGUAAUACGGUUGCCAGUGAAGGAGCAAAGUGCAGAAGGCAAUGAAACCGACAUAUUUUCUCUUCUCGCCCAUGAAUUCUCUGUUUCCUUUAAUUUGUCAUCUUCAUGCCAAGAGUGUUGCAAAAAUAAAGGCCAGUGUCAAACUAACAAUGAACAGUUCGAGUGCAAAUUCCCGGAUCAUGGCAGAAAUCUGAGGCUGAUCCUUAUGCCAGGAGCUAUUACAAUCUUAACCAUGAUAAUCGUAUGCUUCAUGAUAAUCGUAUGCUUUAGAAGGAAACUCAGUUGCGGAACAAAUGCAAAGAAUGAUGUCAAUGAGGAAAUGUUUUUAAAUAAUCACGAAUUCCUAGCUCCAAAAAGGUACACUUAUUCACAAGUCAAGAAGAUGACAAACUCCUUCAAAGUCAAACUAGGCCAAGGCGGCUUCGGUUCUGUGUAUAGAGGAGUAUUAUGCAAUGGAACCUUGGUGGCAGUGAAGGUUUUAAGUGAACUGAAAGGUAAAGGGGAAGAUUUCAUUAAUGAAGUUGCAAGUGUUAGCGUGACAUCCCAUGUUAACAUUGUUAGUCUUUUGGGAUUUUGUUUGGAGGGCCAUCAAAGAGCUUUGAUCUACGAAUUCAUGCCGAAUGGUUCCCUUGAGAGGUUCAUAUAUGGUUGGGGUUCUUCAAGUAAUAGCCACCUUGGGUGGAGAAAGUUGCAGCAGAUUGCUAUCGGGAUUGCUCGGGGUUUAGAGUACUUGCACAGUGGUUGUAACACACGGAUCUUACAUUUUGACAUAAAGCCACAUAACAUUUUGUUGGAUAAAGAUUUAUGUCCUAAGAUAUCUGACUUUGGGCUUGCUAAGUUAUUCCCGGAUAAUAGAAGCAUCAUAUCCAUGUCUUGUAUGAGAGGAACGCCAGGGUAUAUUGCUCCUGAACUAUUUAAUAAAAAUUUUGGGCAGGUCUCCCACAAAGCAGAUGUUUAUAGUUAUGGAAUGAUGAUUCUAGAAAUGGUUGGAGGGAGGAAAAAUAUCGAGGUUGAGGUUGAUCAUACAAGUGAGAUAUACUUUCCUCAUUGGAUAUAUAAAAAAGUUCAAUUAAAUGAAGAAAAACUUGGACUGCACGGGAUUAUUAGUGAUGAAGACAAUGAGAUGGCAAGGAAAAUGAUUAUCGCCGGCUUGUGGUGCAUACAAACUAAUCCAUUGAGGCGUCCGACAAUCACUAAGGUGCUGGAAAUGUUAGAAGGGGAUUUAGCAUCGAUCGAGAUCCCUCCAAAACCUUACUUGUCUUCUCCAUGAAGGUUAAUUGGUUGGUUCCUCAUCUACAAAUCAAUUGCAUCAUAAUUUACCUGGACUUUGAAAUGUUUGUGUAAUGUAAGUUUUGUUGAAAACUUAUAUCCUAAAUGAGUAUUGGGUUGUUUGUGGUGUUAA